GGGUCAAAUUCGCCCAUCCCUUCAAUCAAGAUAUUCACAUAACACAUUACCAACUUUAUUUUCCAAUACUGUGUCACAUUGCCAUAUGCAAUAGAUAUAAGUAUAGCAACAAAUGGAUUAAUUGUAUGUUUUUAUUCUUAAACAGAAACAACUUGAGGAAAUCAUUGCCCAUGACAUCUGCCAGGAGGAACCUGAGACAAAUAUUGGUCAUUUCCAGGAGCAACCUGAGGAGCCUGGCAUAGAGAUCAGCCAGGGUAAUGCCUCAGAGGAGGAAGAAAAUAUAGAAGAACAAGCAGAAACAGAAAACAAUAGUGAUGACAUGGUUAUAUGUAGUGACGAAGAAGAAAGCAUUAUUGAUUAUCUGUUUCCAUCACUUGAGAAACAACCUGAGGAAAUCAUUGCCCAUGACAAUUGCCAGGAAAAUCCUGAGACAAAUAUUGGCCAUUUCCAGGAGCAACCUGAGGAGCCUGGCACAGAGAUCAGCCAGGGUAAUGCCUCCGAGGAAGAACAUAAUCUAGAAGAACAAGAGGAAGAAGAAAACUAUAGUGAUGACAUGCUUAUAUCUAAUGGGGAAGAAGAAAGCAGUAGUGAUAAUCUGUUUCCAUCACUUGAGGUAUGAUUUGCUAUCAAGGACAUUAAGACAUUUUGUGCAUUGAACUGAUUGAU